AUGGCCACCAUCACCAUCAAACUCCUCAUCGACAAGGAAAAGAAUCGUGUCGUGUUCGCUGAAUCCGAUAAGGAUUUCGUCGACAUCCUCUUCGGCUUCUUAACACUGCCGACGGGCACCAUCAUCCGAGUCCUCAACAAACAGUCCUCACUCGGAUCCUUGGACAAGUUAUACGAAAGCGUUGAAACCCUCGAAACGAAGAACCUCGAGACUGAAGCCUGCAAGUCAAUGCUCCUUCAGCCCAGAUGCUCAGCAGAAAGUCUAUGUGAAGAUUUGCUCAUCAAUGUCGACGACUCGAAGCCUUGGCGUAUUUAUACGUGCCAAAGUUUUGAUUGCGCUAAAAAUUAUAGACAUUAUAGUUCGGUAAGUGGAGCGAGGUGUUCUUGUGGAAAAUUGAUGGAUAAGUUGCUUCAGUGUUAUUUGAAACAGAAGGGUGAUGUGUUUCUCAAAGGAGAAGGCAAAUAUAUUAUCAGUGAUGAUCUUCAUGUGUCCACCGCUAGCAUUGAUUCUACCCUCUCUCUGCUUCAAAAGCUGGAGAUCAAAGACGCAGAUAAUCUCGAGAAACGGGUCGUCGACGUUUGCAGAGACGAGGUAUUGGCAUUACUGAAGAGGUCAUUUCAGUCCAAGACUCCACUUUCAGAUGUUUUCCUGAGAGAACCAACUUUAUUCAGUAGAGACAAACAAGAGGCUAAGGUUUCAGAUGCAACCCAAAUCAACCUGGGGGAUGAAAGUGAGUCUACUGAUCAAACCAAGACGAUAAGCAUAAAACUUCUCCAAAACAGGGUAACCCAUGAGAUUAUCUACGCCGAAGCAGGCCAAGACUUGGUCGAUAUCCUCUUCAGUUUCCUCACUUUUCCUUUAGGAUCCAUAGUGAAGCUCUUGAACAAGCAUUCGCUAAUCCGAUGCAUUGAUAACUUGUAUGAGAGUGUAGAAAUCAUGGGCGUUGGUGGAAAUGAUCGAAUCGAACAUCAAGAGACCCAAAACAUGUUAUUGGCUCCAAUGCUUUAUCCUCACUUUACUUGUAGCAAUCAGAUAAUGAGGAUUGAAGAACAGAAUUCCCUUAAGUAUACUGUGAAGAAAUGUGAAACUUGCUGGAAUGGUAAUCAGCUGAACAAAUGCAAGCAUGAAGCAAAUGUUUUGGAAUUAACUGAAAUAAAUCCGAAGCUGAGGAAGCCAGGGAAAGAUCAGGGAGGAGGUUAUGCAAAGGCAUCGGUAAAGUUCAUGGUGACUCAUGAGAUGGUUGUUGUUCCGUUUUCUCCAGUCUAUGGAGUUGAUGUGAUUAAGGAAUUGAAAGCGCCCGUUGGACUUUUGGUGGACAAAGAGGUUUCAAUUGGAGAAGCAGAGGCUUUAAACUUGUUGAAAGCAUGUCUGAUAUCUCGCAAUGCACUGAACAAUGUCUUUGCUCCAAAGGCGCCAAAAAAGGCACCCAAUCAGAUAAUGAGGAUCGAAGAACAGAAUUCCCUUAAGUAUACUGUGAAGGAAUGUGUAACUUGCUGGAAUGGUAGUCAGCUUAACAAAUGCAAGCAUGAAGCAAAUGUUUUGGAAUUAACUGAAAUAAAUCCGAAGCUGAUGAAGCCAGGGAAAGAUCAAGGAGGAGGUUAUGCAAAGGCAUCGGUAAAGUUCAUGGUGACUCAUGAGAUGGUUGUUGUUCCGUUUUCUCCAGUAUACGGAGUUGAUGUGAUUAAGGAAUUGAAAGCGCCCGUUGGACUUUUGGUGGACAAAGAGGUUUCAAUUGGAGAAGCAGAGGCUUUAAACUUGUUGAAAGCAUGUCUGAUAUCUCGCAAUGCACUGAACAAUGUCUUUGCUCCAAAGGCGCCAAAAAAGGCACCGUCAGCUUAA